AUGCCGCCUCAAUUCCUGUUUGUCAACAAGGAUGCCGGCAGCGCGUCCUUGACCCGCAGCAACGCCUCGGAACAAUCCACCAUCAAUUCCCACGUUCAGCGUGGCCGAAAGCACAACCGAUCCAGUCCUGGCCGCGGCCGCUAUAACCGCCGAACCAGGCAAAGCUCUGCUCGAGAGAAAUCCGAUCCUUCGACCGACUCAUCGCAGCCUGAUCUAGCUAUCACAAAGCCCCGUUCUGACUUUCCAGUCAAAAAGGAGUCUAGUGAAGAACGCGAUGCCACUGAAACGUUGCCCUUGCGGCCCCGUGCUCACAGCCAGCGUUGUCGACGUGGACAGUCCGAGAAAAAUCAGCCCAAGAAGACUUUCCGUAGAGGCAUUGAUGCCGCUCGAAGGUAUGAGCGUUUCAAAGACUUGACAAUCGAGGCAAAAUCAGUCGUCCUCCUGAACUCGGCGCAUUCCAUGAACUCUCCCAGGGACAUUUCUCAGAUCACAAGCACGUCUCUGGAUCCCUUUGGUCAGUCAGUGGUCAAGCUCGACCCUCAGAUUGCCAAAUUGUGUCGGUAUUUCUGCGAGAAGUUUCAUCCGAGUGUUUGGAGUGCGGAGAGCCGGACAUUUCCUGGCGGGUCCUACACUUAUCAAAACUCCGCGCCGGCCGUCAUCAGACGUGCAAUGCAGGAUGAGGUAGAGAUGAAUGCGAUCCUCGCCUGUAUGGCUGCUCGAAUCGAGAAUGUGGAUUUGGUACCAGGUCAGGGCACUGACAAGUACAUGGGAAACGCCCUCACAGCAGUCAGGAGGCGCUUUGGCUCAGCGUCCAAAAAUCAGCUGCUUCUGAUCAUCUUUCAUCUUUAUGCGGGAGAAGCGUACCGACAGAACUAUACGGCAGCUAGGAUACAUAUGCGAGCAGCAAAGGCACUGUUCGCAUCUUGGGGCGGCCUCCACCAAGUUCCAGACCCCUGCGUCAAGGAGCUUUUCAUCAUUGGCGAUGGACAUAUGGCGGCAGUCCUUCUGGAGCCUUGUGAUCUACCCUGUGAAUAUGACCCGGGGGCAUACUGGACGGUUACCCCGCCCGCGCUCCAGCUGGCCCCUCAACCAGAUCUGAGCAGCAUCGCCCCGGCGCUCCAGGAAUUAGUUUCAAAACGCUACUUUCCAGACGAACUAGCACAGGCUAUCCAAGAGACGGCUGAGUGUACUUGGGUAUUGUCUUGCACGGCCAUGGGCUCAACGGACGCCACCAAAAACGCAGCGAGAUGGCUCCAAUGGCGGAAUGCUGCUAUCAGGCAUCGUCUCUUAGCCAAGAGCUUUUCAAACUCAUGUCACGAAGCAGUGCGGGUUGCUCUGCUCAUGUGGAUCCUUACUUCGAUGGUCUUGUUGGGUCUACGAAGAUUGGGAUACUUGAUUGCUCCAAAACUACAAGCGAUACUGAAGGGGCAAUAUGGCGCCCGCCACCAUUGGAGAGGUCUGCCUGAGGUGAAAUUCUGGGUUCUCAGCAUCGGCGCCAUGUGCUCAUCAGUUGAUGGUGAGGAGGAAAAGUGGUUCCUUGGACAGCUCUUCGAGACCGGCUUAGCAGAACAUGUUCGACAAAUUCGAGCAAGAAAUCCCAACCUACCAACGAUUGAUGUUCUGAAGACAUUCCAGGAAAGAUUUUUUUAUCAUGGCCCUAUCCAACAGCAGAGACUGAAGAGACUGGCCGACCUGCUCGAUUACUCUCUCGAACAUAGUCCCUCGCAGAUCACCCCAGCGACAGCCGAAGGAAGUCAACCUCUCCCACGUGAGUAA